AUGCAGCAGAGAGGUGUUUUGGAGCAGACCGCCGCGUGGGUGGGCUCGGCUCGGUGUGUGCGUGUAACUCCGCCCACGUUGAGCUCCGCCGAGCGGGAGCUAGGCAUUGAGGACUGUGCGUAUGACAGAGAAGGAGAAGAAGCAGAGGAGAAGAAGAGCGAAGUAGCUGGCAGGGCAGUGGAAAUGCUGCGCAUGUGUGAUGGCCUGGAUGAAGAGUAUAAAGAAGACCUCAGUGAACCGUUCAUGUUCAUGUUUAGUUUGCAGGCAGACUAUGAGGAGUUCUGCAAGGAAAUGAUGGACAAAAGGCAGCUGCAGGUGUUUUCCGGCUUUGAAAUGAGAUAA